CAACCAUAAUGGUUACAGCGAAAGUGGACGUUCUCCUGAAGAGCAGAUUGUAGACGGACUUAGCCAGCGCCAUGUCGGUGGAUUGACGUACUGCGCAGGAACGGAAGCUGGGACAAAACGCUUCCGCUCCAGGAGCAGCGGAUGUUAGCAGUAUACUGUCUAUGGUUAGCAGUGAAUAACAGUAGUGUGGAUUUCCUUUUUCUUUUACCACCAGUUAGCUAAAGUAACAUACGGCCUUUCAAACAUCACCGAGGAGGGCAGCACUGUUUCGCCAAUGUCUUUGUCAGCAAUUUAAAAGGUGACAUCAUGCUGUUUUGAGCACAUAACCUGCACCAUGGGGAAGAGAUACUACUGUGACUAUUGUGACCGGUCCUUUCAGGACAAUAUGCAUAACAGGAAAAAACAUCUGAACGGUGUUCAGCAUCACAGAGCUAAAAAAGCCUGGUAUGACUCUUUUAGAGACUCUUCAGCCAUUCUGUGUGAUGAGCAAACAAAGAAACCCUGCAGGAAGUUUCUCCAAAAAGGAAUUUGUGAUUUUGGCCCUAACUGCAGGUUUUCUCACAUGUCUGAAGAUGAACUGUUUAACUUAAAAAGACAGGUGGAAGAUGAAAGACAGCGCAGAGAGGACUCUGUAGACAGAAUGAUGCCUGGGCGAAGUAUAGAAGAGUGGCUCUCCAGAAGGGAAAAAAAGCGAACUGCCCUCGGUAUUGAAGGAGAUUCAAAAGAUAAGCAAGACAGUGAAGAGGGCCAAGAAGAAAGUGACAUUCCUCAACCGCUCCUCUCCAUCCCUGACCUUCCACCCUCUCUUCUUCCUCCUCCUCCAGGCGGGUGGAAAGUCAAAAUGAACACAGAAUGGGGUUGAGAUAUUCACUUUGUGGUUCACAUCACUGUUAAGUGGAUAUGGGACAUUAAUUGAAGGAGGAAUGGUACAGAUUGCAUAUUGAGAGCUUGUGUCACAUAUUUGAAGGUUUUCAGUUUUUAAUGAGGUUUCCAGUUGAUUCUAAAAAGCUGUUUGUUGCCAAUUUUUUAAAAGAAGAAUAAAAAACCACAGAAUAGGUCAUGUUUGUUUAAUUUAGAAGAACUACUUAUUUAUUACAUUGUACUUGUAUAUGUUGAGUUUCUUGUUUGAGAAUACAAUUAACAGUAAAAAUAAGCUAAUUUAAAAUGAGUAAAUGGUUAUAUUUACAUUAAACACACAUGCAGUGCAUAAUAACCCUUAUAAUUGACAUUUUGGCAGUUUGUUGUUGAUUGCUCCAAUAAUCUGAAGUAGAGUGACUUAAUCGUAAGACUCCUCUAAGGAGUUACAUUUGAUGUCAUGUAGUCCCGAAUGAAACAGAAGAUUGCUGAGCAGAUGGAAAUAAUAUUUUGUUUAAUUUUAAUCCUCUGCUUUGUCACUGAUCUGACUGUAUUUUAUUUCUAAUCCAACCAGCUAAAAGAAAAAAACAUUUUACUUCCUAAAUAGUAAAUAUGGCAAAUUAAUGAUCUGGAUUAUGUUUCAUAAUGAAGGUUUUCAUAGUUAGAAUUUUUGUUAAAACACUUGCCAAAGAGCCUCAUGAUCUGGAUUUGUGACUAAUGCAUUUAUAAUUGUCAUUGGCCUUUUAAAGGUCCUCAAUAAGGUUAUUCCUCAUAACUGGGGUUAUGCUGAGAUGUAUACUGUAUAGCCUACUUACCUAAUGCAGUGGUUACAGCAAAAUCCUCAAAUUUGUAUGAGUUUCUUUCUGUUUUGUAUCAUUUUGUCUAACUUUUAUUUUCCCGCCUUGAUCAGAAUACAUCCCUGACUUCUUAUGGGACUUAACCUACCUACUUACGUACUUAAAGGUGCCCUGUGGUGUUUUGGACCACUCUAACACUAUGGAGCAAUGUUUCUAUCGUCCACACACACAAGGACCCAUGCAUGGCCAGCCUUGGUUUUAGGCUAUUCUGCUUAUUGACAGUGGCAGUAACACGGCAACAAAUAAUAAAGACAGUGAAGAAGAUGGAUAGCAACGGAAAAGUAGACAUGGAUGUAAACAAUAAAUAAUUUUAUUAAGCUAAUUAAAAAGAAAAUCAGUUUUCUAAAUGUUAAAUGUGGAAGGAAAUGCACACGUGUUAGAUCUCAGGGAUACACACAGUGCCUUUGGCACCAUAAGGCACCUCUAAAUAAAGAUUAGGCUAUACAAAUGAGAAGUUCAAUAACUCAUUCAGUCAUAUAUAAGUAGUGAGCUUGUAGCUUUAUUUAUCACUGGAUCCUCAUAUAUAUAGGUGUAUUCUGUACAUUAAAGAAAAUGACACUACACGUCCUUAUCCUGGAUCUAAUCUUCUCACAUCUAUACUACUUCAUGUCCAUUGCUGCUGUGCUCACUACUCCUGUUAGCCCUUACAACUACAGUAAUUGCGUGUGCAUGUUAUUUUCCCCUAAAGCUCUGUAUUCCAACGCUCUGGUGCUUGUGUCCAUGCUACUACAUGAAGUGCACCACUAUAUGGCUACAAGGAAAUGUUUUUUUCCUUCUGUGCAGGCUGUGUGCUGUGCUCUGUUACAAAUGCACGUUUAACAUGCCUGAUGCUGCAACAUCAGGGCCGUCACACCAUCAGAUCCUGACUGUGAGUCCAAAGUGUUGGAUGAGGAAUGCAUUCAAAAUUGUGUUGUGUUUACCCUAAAAAAGCAUCCCCACCCAGAUCUGCUCUUCUGUUUUAUUAUUAUUUGCUCUACUUGUUGUUAGUAUCAAUUAUGUUGUUGAAGUGUACACAGUAAAUGUUCCUUUUUUGA